AAAUAGGCCUUUACUUCCUGGAGUGCUUCUGCUGACGGAAGGCAUUCUCUCAGGCGUGAGGUGGUGUCCCGGUGUGGUUUUAAUUUGCAUUCCUCUCAUGAUUUUAGCCAUGAGGACAUAGGCUAUGUGGGAAGGAAGCAGUCAGAUUCACCACCCUUGUUUCUUCCUGUUCCUCUGAAGUCCGUCAAGCACAGCUUUUUCAGGGCUGACAAGAAGACAUUUGGUCCACAGGAAGACCAUUUACACCCACAAUUUAGCUGCUGAUUAAAUCCUUCCAUGUUGAAUUCUUGAAUAUGUGGCAGAAAAGAGCAUCAGACGUGGGCAUGGAGAGGACUCUUUCUCCCUGAGUGAGCUCGAUGGAAAUUAAAGAGGAAGAAGACAUAGUGGGGCUUGGCUGGGUUUCAUUUUCACUUUCUUUGGGAGAUCUGAAUGUUCACUGAUCGCAACAGGAGCUAGCUGCCUGCUGAUUUGUACCACAUGCCAGGGAGAGCUAUGGACCAAGAUGAAUGCAGUCCCUCUGACCAGUUCAGGAAGACCCCAAACACCAGAGCGUCCGAGCUGAGAAUCAUUCUGGUGGGCAAAUCUGGAACAGGAAAAAGUGCCACCGGAAACAGCAUCCUGGCGAGGAGAGAGUUUGAGUCCAGGCUGAGCGCCCAGAGCGUCACCAAGACCUGCAGACGGAGCCUGGGCAGCUGGGCAGGGAGAGAGGUGGCCAUCGUGGACACCCCAGGUGUGUUUUCUGCACAGGACCGCUCAGAGCUCCCGCACACAGAGGUGCAGAGGUGCUAUGAGCUCUCGGCGCCAGGGCCCCAUGUGCUGCUCCUGGUGGCCCAGCUGGGCAGGUUCACCAGCCAGGACCAGCAGGCCGUGCAGAGGGUCAUGGAGAUCUUCGGGGAGGACGCCCUGGCACACACCAUCCUCCUCUUCACCCACAAGGAAGACCUGGGGGGAGGCUCCUUCACGGACUACAUCCGACACUCAGACAACAGAGCCCUGAGCGCCCUGGUGGCAGCCUGUGGGGGCCGUGUCUGUGCCUUCAAUAACAGAGCCACGGGGAGAGAAAGAGAGGGCCAGGUGGCAGAGCUCAUGGACAUGAUCCAGAGGCUGGUGACAGAGAAGGGCGGGGAGCCUUAUACCAACCAGCUGUACAGCCUGGUGGCGGGGUCCAAAGAUGGGCCACCGGAGGGGUUCGAGGCCAGUCUCAGCCAGUACAUGGAGACUCAGAGAAGACGCAUGUCAGGAGCAAGCUGCCUACAGAGAGCCCUGGUGCAGACCGCAGCGUGUGUUUUGUUCUGUCUGCAGCUGACUGGCGGACUCCUCAUGCUCUUAUUCUAUAUAUUGUACCGCGUGUGUUAUCUGCUGUAUUUAGUCUUCUGGGUGUGCGCUGUCUCCUGUUGCUUCCUGUUGGCUAUACCCCACAGAAUAAUGAUGGCCCAGAGAAAGCCCACUGCUCUGCCAAACCAGGCCUCCAGGGUCCAAUUACAGAUGAGUUAGGAUCUGCUCACUGUUAGAAAGAGGUCGACUCCCAGCACCAGAGCUCCAUCAGUGGGCUUCAUCUAAAUCUUGACAUCACUCCAUGUGGGGAUGAACCAAGCACAUCAAAAGUUACUUUUGAAAUGUGAUAUUAGAAUAACCUGAAGUCUGUAGACAUGUGCAAGUCCUGAGAAACUACCCUUCUUCUCUCUGAGAUGCUGUUGUAUAUUUUUACUGACUGUAAUAAGAUUAUAGCAGGCAAGCCAUCAGUCAGUUGAGAACAUUUUAAUCUGUCUGCCUUCUCCCUGUGUUAAUCAAAGAUGAUGCAUAUGGAACAAUAUUUUUUGUUUGUUUUUGUUUGUUUGGUGUGUGUGUGUGUGUAUGUGUGUGUGUGUGUGUGUGUGUGUGUGUGUGUGUGUGUGUGUGUGUGUGUGUGUGUUUUGCCUCCAGGGUUAUCGCUAGGGCUCAGUGCCAGCAUGAUGGAUCCAGAAUUACUGCUUCUGGUGGCCAUUUUUUUCUAUUUUAUGGAAUAGAACAGAGAUAAAUUGAGAGAGGAGAGAAACAGAGAGGGAGAGAGAAAGAGAGACAACUGUAGACCUGUUCACUGUGAAGCAUCCCCCUGCAGGUGGGGAGCAGAGGACUGAAAUCUGGAUCCUUGCAAGGGUACUUGCACAUAGUACUAUGUGUGUUUAACCAGAUGUGCUGCUGCUGCUCAGCACCCUUGAACCAGAUUAUUUAUGUGACCAAAGGACGCAGGUCAAUAUGGACCCCAAAGCUACAGUCAUCCUAAACUCCUGGUAAGAUUAAGGAGCUGCCUCGAAAAUCUCUGCUCUCACUUAGCGUCCUCCCAGAGAAACAUGCCCCAACUUUGUUUCAGACAGAUAGACAAGGCUAUUCCCAGUCUUCAUUUUGUGUGUCCAUUUUGAUAAGGUGGGCCUACCAACGAUGGUUUCCCACAUAUUAUGUUGUUGGAUCUGUUUGCACAGACUCAUUAAUGUAUCUUUUAAAAAUAUUAUCUUUAAUCACGUAUUGGAUAGAGACAGCUAGAAAUUGAGAAGGAAGGGGGAGGUAGAAACGGAGAGAGACAGAGAGACACCUGCAGCCCUGCUUCACCACUGGCAACGUUUACCCCUGCAGGUGGGGACAGGGGGCUUGAAUCUGGGUCCUUGAGCACUGUAACAUGUGUGCUCAACCAGGUGCACCACCGCCUGAUACCCUCAUUUAUAAUUCUUUACUCUGUGUAAUAACUAUAGUAAUAAUCUUUUUUAUCUCCUUAGUACUGCUCAGCUCAGGCUUAUGGCAGUGCAGGGGGCUGACCCUGGGUUCUCAAAGCCUUAGGCAUGAGAAGUCUGCAAAAGAACAGCCACUAUGCUGUCCUUUCAUCCUAGAGUCAUCUUUUUCCUUUGCAUUUUAUACUAAUCACUUAAGAUUAUUUCUUUUUGUUUCAUCAUAUGACUAGAGGUUUAUCAUUUUUAUUAAAAUUAUAAAAUUUU